CAGACGUCAUGUGGGACGGCGGCUCAUUAGGGACAUCAGACGUCAUGUCGGACGGCGGCUCUUUAGGGACAUCAGACGUCAUGUGGGACGGCGGCUCUUUAGGGACAUCAGAGCGCCGCGCAGGUGGCACGGCGGAGGAGGAAGGACCCGACCAAGCGGCCGCCGAGCUGCCAAGGAAGCGCAAAGGUGAUUUGGACCAGAGAUCAGACGCCGGCCUACACCACGCUCUCCACUCGGAUAUGGAUGGCACUCUCUCCAGGUCUGAAGGACAGGACCAACAGGCCAAAAUGCAAUGCUUCAGGCAGCCUCACCGGCAGAUUGAGAAGCGGCGUCGAGAUAAGAUGAACAACCUCAUCAAGGAGUUGUCCGCCAUGAUCCCCACGUGUCAGCCCAUGGCACCAAAACUGGACAAACUGACCGUGCUGCGCAAAGCUGUGCAACACCUGAAAGCGCUUAAAGCCGGGUCAGGCAGCACCUUUGCAGACGCUGGCCGGAAGCCUUCCAUCCUGGCUCAUGAGGACCUCAGGCACCUUUUGCUCAGGGUUGCAGACGGUUUCCUGUUAGUUGUGAGUUGUGACCGGGCAAAAAUGUUGUUUAUCUCCGAGUCCGUCUCCAAGAUCCUCAACUUUAGUCGGGUGGAGUUGACGGGGAAAAGUUUGUUUGACUUCCUCCACCCUAAAGACAUCAGCAAGGUGAAGGAGCAGAUGUCCAACUCUCACCUCAUGGAUGCUGCCACUGGGGUCCAAGCGGACGUUCCUGUGUCGCACAUGUCCAGCGGAGCCAGGCGCUCCUUCUUCUGUCGCAUGAAGCCCAGUGGGCUGGAGGCAAGACACAUGAAGCACAGUGGGCUGGAGGCAAGACACAUGAAGCACAGUGGGCUGGAGGCAAGACACAUGAAGCACAGUGGGCUGGAGGCAAGACACAUGAAGCACAGUGGGCUGGAGGCAAGACACAUGAAGCACAGUGGGCUGGAGGCAAGACACAUGAAGCCCAGUGGGCUGGAGGCAAGACACAUGAAGCCCAGUGGGCUGGAGGCAAGACACAUGAAGCACAGUGGGCUGGAGGCAAGACACAUGAAGCACAGUGGGCUGGAGGCAAGACACAUGAAGCACAGUGGGCUGGAGGCAAGACACAUGAAGCACAGUGGGCUGGAGGCAAGACACAUGAAGCACAGUGGGCUGGAGGCAAGACACAUGAAGCACAGUGGGCUGGAGGCAAGACACAUGAAGCCCAGUGGGCUGGAGGCAAGACACAUGAAGCCCAGUGGGCUGGAGGCAAGACACAUGAAGCACAGUGGGCUGGAGGCAAGACACAUGAAGCACAGUGGGCUGGAGGCAAGACACAUGAAGCACAGUGGGCUGGAGGCAAGACACAUGAAGCCCAGUGGGCUGGAGGCAAGACACAUGAAGCACAGUGGGCUGGAGGCAAGACACAUGAAGCCCAGUGGGCUGGAGGCAAGACACAUGAAGCCCAGUGGGCUGGAGCAGAAGAGAGAGCGCUGUGUUUACUUUGGCGUCCGGUGGAAUAUACACAGCCGUGAUGAUAACAACAGACAGCUCUCUCGGGAGAAAAAAAAGGCCGACAUCUAA